CAUUGGCCGGUCCAGUUUGUAACGAGUGGGGCACACGGUUUCUGUUUCACUGGCAGGCCAUCACGCAGAAUGUCGACACCGCACGCGCAGCGCAUCCUCUGCAUCCUCGGAUUUUUUAUAGUGUUGUGUUCGGCUACAGUACCUGAACCUCAAACGGUCCACCAGCAUGAAGUCGAAACGAAAAAAGUUGAAUUGUUCGAAGGAGUGUCCGUGAAGAUUCCCCUAGGCAAGAACACGAGCAGUAUUAUGUCCCUCGAAAUCGAAACUGAUAAGGGUGAUCAGGAAGGACGGGGCAAAAAACAGAAACUUAUGCAGAAGAUUCUACCUUUAUUCAUCAUGCCGUUCGUUCUACAGUCCGCAAUUGUGCCUUUAUUCCUGAGUAUGCUUAAAUUCAUGCUCUUCAAAUCCUUAAUGGUCGGAAAACUAGCGCUUUUCCUCAUUUUAAUAAACGCUUUCAAAAAUCAUAAUUCCGUGAAAGGUCGAGAUUCAGAAAUAGCGAACGUUCAUUACGGCUAUCACGACAGCGGUAUGGAAUAUGGAGCUUAUAUUAACUAGAUUAGCAUUGCUAUAUAAUGAAAUGAAUAUCCUUCUCUAAGUCAUUAAUUAAAUCUACGUACGACGUAGAUUUUAAGAAAACACAUACAACACUUAGGCAGACCAAUUUGAUCUCUAAUUUAAUGUAUUCAUAAUAUUUUUUUGUUCAAUAGAUCAUUUCUCAACGUUCAUUUCUGGAAUUUGUGAUUUUGUUUAAAUAACAGAUAGUACCGAUGAAAGCGAAUUCUAAUUUGAUAUUCUUUUGCAUAUCGAGAAUUCAAGAUAUCAUUAUGAAUAAAAAAAAACCUGAUUGAUUGUUUGGCUAUGAUGUUAUUUUAAAUCUUAUAUAUCUAAUUUAUUAUCGGAGUACAGCCUGAAAUAUUAUAUUAAUCGAAUUUCUAUUUGUAAAUUUUAUUUCUUCUAAUGUUAAAAUAUAAACAUGAUGUAAUAUGUUAACCACUCAUAUAGUUAUGGUUUAUAUAAAUUUUGCAUUUUACAUAAUAAAAUAUGAAAUUGCCGUUUGCUAAAUUAAUUAUUUCGGUAGUUAUUUAAAUAAUAACAAAAAACUGAGCUUAGAAAGCGAUAUAAUCUUUUAGUAGUAAGUUUAAUUUAUUCUAGGUUUAGUUAUUUAUUAAUUAUAUUAAGCUAUUUAAAGUUGAAUAAAGGAUGUGUAAAUCAUUGAAA